AUGACACGUGUCGGGGUUAAUCCUUCAACCAUACAGAUUCCCCCACGCGCGCUGAGAUCGUCGCGGAUCUCCUGUCAACGCCUCUUCCGUUCCUCUCUCGUCCUCCUCCUCGCAAUUCUUCUCGGCCAUCAUUUCGUCGCAUGCUCCUUCGCCAAACCUGUUCGCGAACCCAUUCGCGAACCACUUCGCGAACCAGUCCAUCGUCGCCUGGCAGGAAACGGCCUGAGCGAUCUUCACGAAAAGCUCGGCGCGCUAUGGGACAUGGCCAGCCGCGUCUCGCUUAACGGAACUGUCAUUAUCGCGUCCUCGAAUGCAGGCUACGAGGACAUGCUGGAGAAUUGGGUGCUGCAUUUGGAGCGGGUGGGUCUGGGUCGGCACUUCAUAGUCUUUGCUGCUGACAGCAAGAGCCUCGAAUUUGCCCGCUCCAAGUGGCCUGGACAGGCCAUACACCUCGACCUGAGCGGCCAGUUUGGGCAGGAGGAGAGGGCGGACGUGGAAGGGGCAUCACGAAUUGGUUCAGCGGCCUUCCACCGGGUGGCCUCUCACCGGGCCAUCUACAUCCACCACCUCCUCUCCUUCGGCUUCUCCGUCCUCUACAGCGACAUUGACAUCGCCUUUUUGCACAACCCCCUCCCCUUCUUCCAAAAAGCUGGCCCAAAUAACAUCGAAAGCGGCGGCGGUGGCGGCGGCGGCAUUGGCGGCAGUGCAUUUGAUGCAUCUUCUGCCGCGGCUGAUGCGACUGCUAGCAACAGCGAUUUCGACAUGUUUAUCACGCACGAUCAAUACAUGAGCCAGCCAUCUCCCUACACCGACCCCAUCGACCCAAACCUCCUCAACGGCCUCCCGCUCUUCUGCAGCUGCUUCCUCUUCUUCCGCCCCACCCUCCCCGCCAAAAGCCUCGUAGGCAACUGGGCGUUUCGCAUGGCAAAGCUGGGGAGACAGGGAGGGCUAGAUCAGGAUCAACUGAAUCUAGUCAUGCAGUGGAUGCUAGAGAGGAAGGUGCUGCCAAGGAUUGGUGUGCUGCCUCCGCUGCAGUUUCCGUCCGGGCAGCUGAUGAGGGACCACUGGGGGAAGUUUGAGGAAGUGCGGCCGCGAGUGGUGAUGGUGCAUGCGAAUUACCUCACUGGGAAGGAGGCGAAGAUUGAAGGGUUGAAGAAGGCGGGCCAGGAGGCGUUGUUCCGCAACUGGUUCACCCAUGUGGGCCGCAUCCCUGCUCAACCAUCCCUCCCUUCCCUGUGCCUGAUCUCCCUCUACCAUCCCCCCACCCCCCCCUCUUCAGGCCAGGAGGCGUUGUUCCGCAACUGGUUCACCCACAUGGGGGGCAUUCCUUCUCUCGGUAACAUCGUUCUCGCGUCCGUGCCUCCUCAGAUGAGCACACCAGGCGGCCAUGUGAUCACGCGUUCCAGUGAGAGCUUGUCUCCUCGAGUGGCCAGAGCCACGUGCCUGCUGCUGCCGUCCCUCAUCCUUGCCCGCCUGCUGGCUGCCAAUGUGACCGUCCUCUACAGCGACAUCAACUCAGUGUGGCUGCGUGACCCCCGCCGCUACUUCCCGCCAACCUACUCCCUCGUGCUGCCCUCCCUCUCCCACCUAGACCCACCUCCGCAGCCGCAGCAGCCACAGCAGCAGCAGCAGCAGCAGCAGCAGCAGCAGGCAGCACCUGCACCCCCCAACACCACUGCCCUCACGCCCUCCCUCCUGGGGUCCCUCUCUCCAUGGCUCAUGGCUCUUUGCCCCUCCCCUGCUGUGCAAGCCAUGGUGCAUCGGUGGGCUGUUGGGGCUUUAAGGGGAUACUUGACGGCAGGUGCGGCAGCAACAAGGGGUGGUUCGGGAGUGUUUUCUGGUUCGGAGAUUCUCAGGACGUCACUGAAUCACGCCGUGGCUGAAAUGGUUCGGGGAGCGAAGCUCGUGGGAGUCGAGGAGGAUGGGUUCGGUGGAGGUUCGGAAGGGGGCGUGGGCUCAGGCAUGGAAGCAGGUACAGCAGCAGGUAUGGCAGCAGGUGCAGCAGCAAGCACAGGGGAUACAGGAGAGGAGCGAAGUGGAGCGAGCGUGGGAGUGCUUCCAGAGCAAUUAUUUCCGCCUGGGUGGAAGGCGGUGGGGGAUAGGGCAUGGCUGGAGGCGCAUCGGAGGGAGAUAGUGGCCGUGCAGGUGAGCUGUGGGGAGGAAGGCAGACAGCAGGAGGUUUGUCUGCGAGACAUGAAGCUAUGGCUGUAG